GAUAGUGAAUGGUUUUAAGUUUUCCACCCGUGUCCGUGCAUUUGUGUACAAAUUAUCUCAAGUCCUGGCUUAGUGAAGCUACAGUAGAAAUAAUUAAAGGGGAGCUCUAGGUUUGAAAUAUCUCCCAAUAUAGAUCCUUCAUUAUGAUUAGUUACUUGCUGAAAGGAAUUGCACAAGUGUUUGGAGCACAGUAGUGCAGAACGAGCGCUGCAAACUGGGUCCCUAAAUACAAGUGGUGGCAUUACUCAAAUUUGUAUAAGGAAAAUUUCUAAAAUUUAGGCUCGCUAACACCUAAAGAAAACACAUACAUUUUAUCAAUUCGUAUGUAACUUUAUCUGAUCUUUUCAUAAGGGUUUUAUUUUAAUGAAAAUGCCUCAUUUUUAUAUUAAAUUAGAGUAGAACCCACUUUUUGUUUCAGUAAUUAAAAGUCAGUCAUAUGGUUCAAUCGUACUGAGCAAUCACAAGAACUUGUCAAGGGGGAAAAUACAUUGCGAGGGAAAUAACUUGGCUGUCGUGGUUUCUAAAUAGGACGUUGUUUCUGAAUCAGUGUUAUGUAUACCGUAAACGUAAAAACGGAGUGAAUUCUGAUGCUGUACCUUGUGCUACAGUUGAGCGUGAUACUAUGAUGCGUACUUGUCAUUCAGCGGCUGCCAAAGUAAAACCGUCUGUGAAGCCAUCAUCAGGCCGUUCAUUUACGAGGUGGUCUGCUGUCGACACUAUGUAUGUUACAAAUUAUUUUAACAGCUACAUGCAUGAUGACUCGGAAAAUGCAAAAGGGUCAUUGCCGGCAAGAAUGUGGUGCAGUGCUUUUUGGACCAGUAUCCAAAGAUUCUUCCUGAUGUCAAAAAUAAGGUUCAAGCCAUUAAAACUAAAGUCUUCAAUGAACGUCAGAAACUUAGAAAUAAAAACAAAAAUUAAGUAAUUUCUGACAACAAUAUAUGUUUAGCAAUGUGGCUGCUGAUGACUGUAGAACCAUUUAUUUUUGCCAUUUUACGCUUUUGCGAUCAUUUAUUUUAGCGAUUUAAUCUACUGCGGAAAAUGAAAUUUUUGAUCUAAUGAAAUGUUUUCGACUUUGCUGGAAAAAAAAAACAUUUCCUCUUGCAUAGAAAGUGUCUUCCACCUCGUCUUGAACUUAGUAACACUUGAGAAAGUCUGGUUAUUUCUUGGCAGAAUAGGGAUUUGAAGGAAAGUGGACACAAUGAAUGGCAACACCCAUGAAGUGCCAAACAAGGCUAGAAUGUCUACGGGCCAAUUGCCAUUAUUGCACAUUUCUUAAUUUUUCCCUGUAGACGUGUUUACCAGACUAGAUAAAAAGGAUUAAAAGUCCUCACUUAAUCACUGCCACAAAGUUCCGUCAUCGUGCCUUAACGCUUUAUUUUUUCUUAAUUUUGCCCUGUAGGGGUGUUUACCAGACCAGAUAAAUAGGAUUAAACGCCCAUGUCUGUAUUGUGGUACAGGACAUAUAUGACGCUAUUAUACGUCUGUCCCCUCAAGUGGGUCGUAUCUGCACCGCUCUUCUCUUCUAUCCAUUGCUUUCUAUAUAGUUUGUCCUUUUUGCCAAUUUUGCCAUAUUGCCAUGUCUGUCAUCAAAGUUAUGAUGAGCACUUGUACUUGCCUUCUUUUAGCAAUUUGUUGACCGCCUUUAUAGACAUUCGACUUUUAAAAUAUCAGUUAGAGUCUGAUACAUCCCAAAUGUUUUUUAGCCAUUGCCUUCCUGAUUGUGAAUGUAUGUAUGUAAAUUGCAGUUAGAAUAUAAUUCUUAUAUUUUGUAAUAUCCACCCCUUGAAUUUUACAAUGAAGAGACAUUCUGCAUCUGAUAAAAUCCUGUACAAACAUCAUUCAUUAUUAUUUAGCAUCAUCCUCUUUAGGGCACCC